UCAUCCAGCAGUGGAUUGUCGUUAUCCACGUGAGACUCACUGAGCCCCAAGACUCCGCUCAGGAGGGUUCCGUAUCGGGAUGUUUAAUCAGCUACCUUGAUGAGUGUUCUUCACAGCUUCUACGAUGUGUUUUCGCGUUGGUACCGCGUGUUGCUCGGCACGAUGUCCGACGUUUCGCCCCACGUGCUGGAAGCUCCUUCACCAACCGAGUAACCCUAGUUUGGUGUCAGGAGCAUUUCAAUUGCUAACUUCGGGUUUAUUCAGCUCCCGAAGAAGCACGUGGAGCGAAACGUCGGACAUGACGGCGAACAACACGAGGCACCAACCAACACGCAUCGGGGAACCUCUGAAAACCUACACAGAACUUCUUGUUAACAAAUGUAAAAACAAAACAAAUAUUUAAUGAUACUGCAUUGGCAGUGGUGGACAAAGCUCAUAUUCGCCAACAAGAAAAAAAAUCAGCACACAUGACAAUAGCACUCCCAUUCAAAAUAAUAUAUAUGCUAGGCGACGUUUUGGGUAAAUGCUCUCCUUGAUAGCUGUGCUUUCUUGAAAUGAGCAUUGAGUCGCCGCCGCCGCCGCUGCUGCUGCAGGGCACGACGCUGCUCCAAUCGCUCUGCGUGUGGUUUACAGCUAAGCACGCUCAAAAGCAAAGUGCGAGGGAGGUUCGCACAAGAAAGCAUUGCAGGAGGAGGGGGAAGGAGGGAGGGAGCGGGUCUCAAAGUCAGCAUGAUAACACCGCUGGUGAUGAUGUCCCGUGACAUCUGUGAACGCACGUGGGCGCACAUCUGCAGCGCAUGAGCGCUGUGUAUAAAUAAGCCCGCUCGGAGCGCCGAACUGACGAGAGUUGAGCGGCGAUUCGGCGGAUUUCGCCUUUCAUGGUCGCACGCGCGUCCAGCUGCACCCCCAGCACGCCACUCACUCACUUCGUCUCGCUCGCUCACCCUCCUUGGCUCUGUCUCCUGCAACAAGCCCAACAGUCGGUGGCGAUUGGGAGGAGGGUGGAGUGGUGGUGGUGGUGGUGGUGGUCAAUCCGGCAUGGACGCCCUCCAGGAGAGCCCACCGUCCCACCACAGCCUCCCGUCGGCGCUCCCUUCGGCCACCGGCGGCAACGGCACCGUCGCCACGAUGCACAACCCCUUCGAGAGGCCCCUGGAGGGCAUCGCGCCGUGGAACUUCACCAUGUUGGCGGCGCUCAUGGGCACCAUCACGGCGCUCUCGCUCGGCGAGAACUUCGCCGUCAUCGUGGUGACCGCUCGCUUUCGCCAGCUGCGGCAGCCCCUCAACUACGUGCUCGUCAACCUGGCGGCCGCCGACCUCCUGGUGUCGGCCAUCGGCGGCAGCGUCAGCUUCUUCACCAACAUCAAGGGAUACUUCUUCCUCGGCGUCCACGCCUGUGUGCUCGAGGGUUUCGCGGUCACCUACUUCGGCGUGGUCGCCCUGUGGUCACUCGCCCUGCUCGCCUUCGAGCGCUACUUCGUGAUCUGCCGUCCGCUGGGUAACUUCCGUCUGCAGUCGAAGCACGCGGUGCUGGGUCUGGCCGUGGUGUGGGUCUUCUCGCUGGCGUGCACCCUCCCGCCCGUGCUGGGCUGGAGCAGCUAUCGCCCGAGCAUGAUCGGCACCACCUGUGAGCCCAAUUGGUAUUCUGGCGAGCUGCAUGAUCACACAUUCAUCCUGAUGUUCUUUAGCACCUGCUUUAUAUUCCCGUUGGCUGUGAUAUUCUUCUCGUACGGAAAGCUGAUACAGAAGCUCAAAAAGGCGUCGGAGACGCAGCGGGGGCUGGAGUCAACUCGGCGCGCCGAGCAGCAGGUGACGCGCAUGGUGGUGGUGAUGAUCCUGGCGUUCCUCGUGUGCUGGAUGCCCUACGCCACCUUCUCCAUCGUGGUCACCGCGUGCCCCACCAUCCACCUCGACCCGCUCCUGGCGGCCGUGCCGGCCUUUUUCUCCAAGACGGCCACCGUCUACAAUCCCGUCAUCUACAUCUUCAUGAACAAGCAGGUGGAGCGCUCGGCGUGCUUGGGCAAAUUCCGAGCAGCUGUGGAGGCCGGCACGUUCCGCGACUGCUUCGUGCAGGUGUUGCCGUGCAAAGGCCUCAAGAAGGUUUCCGCAACCCAGACGGCCGGUGCGCAGGACACCGAGCACACGGCCUCCGUGAACACGCAGAGCCCCGGCAACAGGCACAACAUCGCGCUGGCCGCGGGCAGCCUCAGGUUCACCGGCGCCGUCGCGCCAAGUCCGGCCACUGGGGUCGUGGAGCCAACGAUGUCUGCGGCCGGCUCCAUGGGGGCCCCUCCGAACAAGUCGACAGCUCCUUGCCAGCAACAAGGGCAGCAGCAGCAGCAGCAGCAGCAGCAAGGGACGCCAAUCCCGGCCAUCACUCACGUUCAGCCGCUGCUCACCCAUUCGGAGUCUGUGAGCAAAAUCUGUCCGGUGUAGGGGCAUCGCGCGGUAGGGCAACGCACCAGCGGGACGGGGGCGGGGGGCAGCCUUGAAAGGAAAACGAUUUGGGUGCACUGCUCCCUCUGGGCAGUCGAGCUGCGUCAGAUGCAGGUUGACCGGAGGCUGCAUCGUUGGGGAGGGGAGGUGGGGGGGGGGGGGUCCUUAAGGACAACG